AGUGCCCGCUCUGGAAUCUCUGCCGCCGUCUGGGGGCUGAGGCAGCGCGGGCACGCGUGCGCAGUGCGCGGGUGGGCCGUCGUGGGCGCCGCUCCCGGCAGCUCGGUGCCUGUGGGACCAGGGGCCGCGGCGGCGCCGGUGCUCCGGGGCGAGGGCCGCCGUGAAGUCGGCGUGAGGAGCGCCGCCGCGCCGGGGCGGAGUGAGCGGGGCCGGGCUCCGGGAGCGCGGCGCCGGCUGAAGCGAGCUGGGAGGCUCGAGGGAGCGGCGGGCGCUGUGUAAUGUUCAAGCACAGAAAUGCCUUAUGUGGAUCGUCAGAAUCGCAUUUGUGGUUUUCUAGACAUUGAAGAAAAUGAAAACAGUGGGAAAUUUCUUCGGAGGUACUUCAUACUGGAUACCAGAGAAGAUAGUUUUGUAUGGUACAUGGAUAAUCCACAGAACCUGCCUUCUGGAUCAUCACGUGUUGGAGCCAUUAAACUUACCUACAUUUCAAAGGUUAGCGAUGCAACUAAGCUAAGGCCAAAGGCUGAGUUCUGUUUUGUUAUGAAUGCAGGGAUGAGGAAAUAUUUCCUACAAGCCAAUGAUCAGCAGGACCUAGUAGAAUGGGUAAAUGUGUUGAACAAAGCUAUAAAAAUUACAGUACCAAAGCAGUCAGACUCACAACCUCAUUCUGAUAACCCAAGUCGCCAAGGUGAAUGUGGGAAGAAGCAAGUGUCUUACAGAACUGACAUUGUUGGUGGUGUGCCCAUCAUUACCCCAACUCAGAAAGAAGAAGUAAAUGAAGGUGGUGAAAGUAUUGACAGAAAUAAUUUGAAGCGGUCACAAAGCCAUCUUCCUUACUUUACUCCUAAACCGUCUUCAGAUAGUGCAGUUAUCAAAGCUGGAUAUUGUGUAAAACAAGGAGCAGUGAUGAAAAACUGGAAGAGAAGAUAUUUUCAAUUGGAUGAAAACACAAUAGGCUACUUCAAAUCUGAACUGGAAAAGGAACCUCUCCGUGUAAUACCACUUAAAGAGGUUCAUAAAGUCCAGGAAUGUAAGCAAAGUGACAUAAUGAUGAGAGACAACCUCUUUGAAAUUGUAACAUCGUCUCGAACUUUCUAUGUGCAGGCUGAUAGCCCUGAAGAGAUGCACAGUUGGAUUAAAGCAGUCUCUGGUGCCAUCGUAGCACAGCGGGGACCUGGCAGAUCAGCGCCUUCUAUGCGGCAGGCCAGAAGGCUGUCGAAUCCUUGUAUACAGAGGUAUACGUCCAGAACUGGGGAAUGCAGCACGAGCGUUCCCGCUGUCCUUCCGAACCCAGACACGCGCUCCUCUCUGCCAGCGCCACAGCAGCCACCCCGCGACCCACAGCCUCUCGCAGCGACUCUCUGGUCUCAAGCUUUACCAUGGAGAAGCGAGGAUUUUACGAAUCUCUUGCCAAGGUCAAGCCAGGGAACUUCAAGGUCCAGACUGUCUCUCCAAGAGAACCAGCUACCAAAGUGACUGAACAAGCUCUGCUAAAACCUCAAAGUAAAAAUGGCCCUCAGGAACAAGAUUGUGACCCCGUGGACUUGGAUGACGCAAGCCUUCCAGUCAGUGAUGUGUGAGAUGGAAGCACGUGGAGCCUGACCCGCCUCAUCCGCCCUCAGUGUCCUUUCAAGAGGCUUCUCGCCAAAGAUGAUAAAGGGGAAAGGGGCUUUAAUGCAUAUAGUAUACUGCCUCAUCGAUGUUCUCUUUAUAAGCUGGUAAGCCAAGAAGCUAGGGCAUGGCCAAACUAAAUGCAAUUUCUUUAAAAAAAAAAAAAAAGAAAAAGAAAAAAGCCCUAAGUAUCUCAGUAUCAGCUGUCUGAAGCUUUGUUCUCAUUGGGAUGAUAAAAGUGUGUGUGUGGUAUUUUUUCCAAGUGAAUUUGACAACUUAAAUGUUUCACAAUUUAAAACAUGAAAAAUGCUUAUUAAUUAUUUUGUUUUAAAAAUGCUACUGUGACUUCCAAUUAAAUGUUCAAUCUCUACACAUUCUUACCAGUUAAUAUUAUUGAAUGAAAUAUUGCCAGACAAAAAUAUCUAAACUCAUGACGUCUGUGGUGCUGUAAAAUGGACAGUGUUGAAAUGAUAGCCAUUUUUGAUGCUCUGGAUCUCAUGGUGAGCGGUGAGUUUUGCAUAGAGGAUAUUAUUGGACUGUUAGUGAGGGUUGUGUGUUGUACUGGGGUGGGGAAAAGGGGAGAAUUAGAAUUCAGACAGCCUAUCUCGGACAUUUAUUUGUAAAAGCUUAAUCAAGACGUGCAGCAGUCAUUGCUUUAUUCAGUGAAAAUUAUUAGAUAUGAAAUUUCUUGGAGAUCUGAUUUUCUUGUCAGAGUUUUGUAAAAUAGUUCUUAUUUCUAUAUUUGGAUCAGUGAAAGACCUCAAGUUUAUGUGUAAAGACAUACUGCCCUUAGUCAUGCGAUUGUAACCUCUGUGUUUUGUCACUAAUAACCUGUAUUCAAGUGCCUGUGUUUUUUCAUCUUGUUUAGGAAUAUUUUGAGAUUAAUGUGUUCAAAACUCCUACAUGAUUGGUUUUAAACAAUUAGGAUAAAAUUAAUUUUCAGUAGCAUAGGUUAAUGUGCUAAAUAACAUACCAUUUUGUGUUAGAGAUACCAGAAUGUUGUUGUUCUACUAUCUGUGCAAUAUAUGUUUUAAAACACAUAUUUGACUUCACAUUUAAUCAUGGGGAUAUCAUAAAUAUAAGCACCUCUCUAAAAUAUCGUUAGUUUCAGGUGUUGAGUAAUAGACCAGUUUGACCAAGUACUGUUUUUACGGUUCAGUCUUAAACAUUUGCUUUAAGAAAAUAGUCUUGAAUUUCACAUGCUGCUAUUUUUAUGAUAUUUUGCCGUAUUACAGUACUGUUUUGUUUUGAAUUCAUAAAUGUCACUGUUUCUCCUUUUCAUUUUCUAAGAUGACUUCUUGUUUGAGAAAGAGAGGGGAGGGUGGAUUUCUUAUUACAGUGGUGGGGUCCAGAGGUUACUAUCUAUUAUACUAGAAUUAUCAUAGCAUCACCUUAAAAAUCCGAAUGCAUCAAGAAUGCACCACUCUUGAGAAUCUGCCUGCUAAUGCAGGGGACACGGGUUCGAGCCCUGGUCUGGGAAGAUCCCACAUGCCAAGGAGCAACUGGGCCCGUGAGCCACAACUACUGAGCCUGCGCAUCUGGAGCUUGUGCUCCGCAACAAGAGAGGCCGCGAUAGUGAGAGGCCCGCGCACCGCGAUGAAGAGUGGCCCCCGCUUGCCGCAACUAGAGAAAGCCCUUGCACAGAAACGAAGACCCAACACAGCCAAAAAUAAAUAAAUAAAUAAAUAAAUAAAUAAUAAAAAUAAAGGAAUUCCUUUAAAAAAAAAAAAAAAAAAGAAUGCACCACUCAACAUUUUUAUUCAUAAGCUAAUAUUUUUAGAAGUUAUAUUUAGGUUUUUCCUUUUUUGCAGCUACAUUUGAGAAUGAUAGAAUGAAAAGGUUUUAAGUAGUUAUCACUUUCUCUGCAGAUAUAUCCAUUACAGCAGCUCUUUUAGAAAGCUCUUUUUUCAUGAACACACCUAAGAAAUCUUGUGUAGACAGUUGGCUAUUUCAGGAGCCUAAUGCUGUUUUCUUUGGUACAGCUUCUACAUUGCAUGUUCAUUUUAAUAUUUUGGUAUUGGUAAUUUGAUAUAUUCCAUAGUGGCAAAAUAUUAGCUCUAUUUUGGGACUUUUUAUAGAACUACCCUUGUAUAGAAUAGCAUAGGGAAAUGGUCUUGUGAUUGUCAGAGUCUCCUAAUAUUUAUCUCAAUACUUUUAUAAUUCUAUGAAAAUUAUUUAAUUAUUUUAAAACUUAUACUUUUCCUGUAAAUAUGUCCCAUCUGAAUUGUCAAAGAAUUACUUUGAAUACCUUAAUAUUUGCUGCAUUUUUUUCUGUAUAUAUAACAUGUCUUCUUUCAGAAUGAGAAUAUAUGUGUGCUUCCCAUUGUUUACUUUUAUGUCUGAUAUCUUUAUACAUCAAACUGGUUGAACACUGUAAUGACUUGAGAAUAAACUGCUCAAAAUUAAUUCUAACUUA